CUUACAUAGGAUUACACCAACAUCGCAGAGCUACGAAUUUUUACAUCUAAGAUAAUUUCCGGUGAAAUCAUCAUUACAAAUACUGUAAUUCCUUUCUUUGAACAUGAGUGAAUUUGAUGAAAUUAUAUUAUGUUCUGAUUGUAAUCAACCUGAAACUGGGGUUAAAUGGUGUCGAAGUUGCAAUUCUAAGCGGUUUCGACAAGAUUUCAGUAAAUGGACUAGUGGAAAUAAUUUUGUAGAUAAGUUUAUACAAGACGCUCAAUCAAAAGCAAGAAACCAUUUGGAAGUUAUAGAAUGGAUUCCAUAUAAUCGUUUAAGGAAUAUACAAUAUCUUGCUAAAGGUGGAUUUAGUAUAAUUUAUAAGGCCGUUUUGUUAGAUGGAUUUAUCAAUAAAUGGGAUAAAGAAAAUAAACAAUGGGAGAGAUAUUAUAAUGAAAUUAAGGAUGAAGAUUACGAAGAUGCGAAAAAAGGUAACAUUGAGUCACCUCUUAAUGAAAAUGAAAAACAUGGAUAUAAUAUUGUAUUAAAAAGAAUAAAUAAUUCCUCAAAUAUCAAUGAUGAUUUUUUAAAUGAGUUGAAAAAUUAUUUGAAUUUUGUACGUUCAACAGACAAUAAUAAACUUCUUUCGAUUAAAUUACAUGGAAUUACUCGAGUCCCAGAAUCAGAUUAUAUGAUUGUAAUGGAACAUAUGGAACUUGGUAGUUUAAAAUCCAAUUUAAUGGUAAAAAGAUGCAACCCAAUUGAUAAAUAUUAUAAUUUAUACUUUAUAGCACAAUCACUUUCAAAAUUACAUAAUUGUAAUUUGAUUCAUGGUGAUCUCCAUAGUGGUAAUUUACUUUUGUCAAAUAAUUUAAUUGCUUAUAUAAGUGAUUUUGGAUUAAGUAAACCAGUAGAUAAACCUACUAAGCCAAAUGUAAUUUAUGGAGUACUCCCUUAUAUUGCUCCAGAAGUAUUACGUGGUAGACCAUAUACAAAAGCUGCGGACAUAUAUUCCUUCGGUAUUAUUAUGUGGGAAAUGACUUCUGGAAUUCCUGCUUUUAAUAAAAUGCCUCAUGAUCUUGAUCUUGCCUUAAAGAUUUGUCAAGGAUUACGACCAGAACUUGUUGAAGUUCCAAAGAUUUUUGAUGCUAAAAAUGUUCAAAAAAAAUAUGAAGACACAGAAGCUGAAUACAUAGAAUUGAUGAAAAAAUGUUGGGAUUCUAAUCCCGAUAAAAGACCGAAAGCUGAAAAAUUAUAUGAAAAUUUUCGUAAAUGGUUUGGAAUUAUUCCUAAUACAUCCAUACCAGAAAAUGAAACUUUUAUCGAAAAUCAUCCAUCAUCUUGUUAUACGAGUAGAAAAAUUGAUUAUGCUGAAAAGUUAAAUGAAAUUUUAGAUCAAGAAGAAAAUUUAGAAAGCUGUAGGAUUUUCUAAUUAAGAUACACGGUAAGUAAGAAUGUACUACUAUUUCUAACCUUAUUUUUAUAAAAUUUAAAUAAAGAAAAUUCUAUCGAAAAUUGUAUAUAGAUCGACAAACAUUGAAUUGGUAAAGAAAUCUAUUUUAAGGAAAUGUUUGGCUAUUGAAGGUAAUCAUUCAAGUAGAUAAAGUUUCAAAAGUCUUUGUAAUUUUUUGCGCAGAUCCUCGUGAAUUUCGGACAAGAAAAAUCUAUUUCUUACAUUAUGCAGUG